AUGUUUAAGAUACGUAAAACUAAGGAUGAGGAGCCAACAGCUCCAGGGCAGGUGAGAAUAAAAAAGAAGUCAAGGGUGCCCGGAGUUAUGAUCACCCAGUAUGUGGAAGAACUACCUGAAGGCAUGAGCACACCAGAUUUCACACGGAAACCAAUUGCUCUGACUCUUCAAGAAGGAAAACUGGCUAUCUUCAGAGCAAUUGUUACUGGCAAACCAACACCAACUGUGACCUGGAUGAGAAAUGGAGGAGAAAUUGAUGAAGAAAGGUACAAAAUCGUCUAUGAUACAAGCACAGGUGAACACCAGCUACAGAUGCCAGACGUAUCAGUGGAUCAAGCUGACACCUACAAGUGUUUUGCCACGAAUGAAUAUGGAAAAGCAAUUGUAACUGCUGCCCUAAAUGUAAUUGAAGUUGGCUAUAAAAAGAACAGAGCUUUGCAACAAUCAAGAACAGCUAUCCGAGAGACACCCGAGGAUUUCAAAAAAGCCUUAAAAAACGUUGUUGACACUGAGCAAAAAGAGGAGGAAAAACCAGAAAUCAAUGAGAAGUUCUGGGAACUGUUGUUAAGUGCAGACAAGAAAGAUUAUGAGAGUAUAUGUGCACAGUAUGGUAUUACUGAUUUUCGCGGGAUGCUGAAAAAACUAAAUGAGAAGAAGAUGGAAAGGGAGAAAGAACAGGAAAAGGUUGUUGAAAGACUUUGCAACCUAAAGCCCGUAGAACUGAAACCAUGUGGAGACGCAGAGUUUGAACUUGAAAUGUCACUUAACGAUCCUACGAGCAAAAUCUUCUUAUACAAGGAUGGAGUUAUGGUUCCUUUUGAUCCUGACACAGAGGUAAAACAUGGAUUGAGGCAAGUGGGAAAGAAGUUUGUGUUUAGCAUCAAUGGUGUCAACCCUGAGGAUGCAGGAUUAUACCAAGUGGAGGUUGAUGGAGUUAAGAUCUUCUCGACUGACUUAAAACUUCCCAAUGUAGACUUCUUGGUCAAGAUUCAAGACGUGACAGCAGAGGAAAGAGAGGACGCUGUGUUUGAGUGUCUCGUCUCACAUCCACUCAAAAAGAUCACCUGGAUGGGCAAGAAUAUCGCACUGGAGCAAGGGGACAAAUAUGACAUUACUGUGUCAGAGGACAUGCUGAUUCAUACAUUGGUGGUAAAGGACUGCAUGCCAUUGGACAAAGGAAUUUAUGCAGCUGUGGCUGGAAUGGCAUCCUGCAGUGCCUGGCUUAUAGUGGAAGCUGACAAUGAUCCAAACUCGAAAGGAAAGAAGAAAGCUCGCAAAACAACCCGAGCAGGUGGUGGUGGAGCUGAUCUUCUGAAGAUUGCUCAGGAACAAAACGCUAAGAUACAGAAAGAGAGAGACGAGUUGAUUGCAAAGGAAGUACAAGGAGUACAAGCAAAGGCGGGAGAGGCUUCUGGUCAAGUUGCUGAAAUGGAAGAAGGGGAGCCUGCUCAAGAGAAAAGAAAGAGAGUGAGGAAAGGCCCACUUGUUCCUGAUACAGUUGUUGACCCUGGAGUUUACUUCACCAGUGGACUGUCAGAUGUAACUGCCAUCAUUGGCACUGAUGCAGAAUUGGUCUGCAGACUGAGCAGUGAGGAAUGUGAUGGAAUCUGGUACAAAGAUGGGAAAGAGAUAACAGCUACAGAUGAAAUCUGUAUUGUUAAAGAUGGUACUUAUCGCAAACUAAUAAUCAAAAACUGCAAAGAAGAUGAUGCUGGGAAGUACCGAUGCGAAGCUGAUGGGCGUAAAACAGAAGCUGCGCUAAAUGUUGAAGAUCCUCCAAGAAUCAAUCCUGAUGAUCUCGCUGAGUUCAUUAAACCUGUCACAAUCAAAACCGGGAAGGACGCAGCCUUUAAGGUGUCCUUUAUUGGCCGGGAACCCAUGAAGAUCCAGUGGUACAAUGAAGGCGAAGAGCAGGUGGAGGACACCCAUGUCAAGAUUGAGAAGUCUUCGACACACAGUCGCCUGCUGCUAACCAAGUGCAACCGCAAAACCACAGGAGAAAUUAAGAUUAAGAUUAAAAAUGAAUGUGGGACAACUGAGGCUAUCACACAUCUUGUUGUAUUAGAUAAACCAACAACACCUCUAGGCCCUGUGGAUAUAAUUGAAAGUUCCUCCACUUGCAUCGAGUUCAAAUGGAGGCCUCCCAAAGACAAUGGAGGUUCCCCUAUCACCGACUACAUCCUGGAGCGUCAGCAGAUUGGCCGAAACAGCUGGAAGAAAUUAGGCAAGAUUGGCCCAGAGCCUAAAUACAGGGACACUGAUGUGGACCAUGGCAGAAAGUACUGCUACCACAUCAGGGCUGAAACCUCUCAAGGCACCAGUGAAAUGAUGGAGACCGACGAUAUUCAGGCGGGGACGAAGGCAUACCCUGGACCUCCUUCUACGCCAAAAAUUGUUAGCGCUUUCAAAGAUUGCAUCAAUCUUGCUUGGUCUGCACCUUCUAAUACCGGAGGAACAAACAUCUUGGGAUACAACGUGGAGAAACGCAAGAAUGGCAGUAAUCUGUGGAGCCUUGUCAACCCACCCGAUGAGCCCAUUAGAGAGAAAAAGUAUGCAGUGAAGGAUGUUGUUGAAGGUAUCGAGUAUGAGUUCCGUGUAUCAGCAAUCAACAUUUCUGGUGCUGGAGAGCCAAGUUCACCCUCUGAAUUUGUGAUUGCAAGAGAUCCAAAGAAGCCCCCCGGUACAGUUAUUGACUUGAAGGUGUCAGACUCCACAUACACCACCUUAUCUCUGAGCUGGACAAAACCCACCGAGGAGGAAGGAGUCCAAGACGAGGCAAAAGGAUACUUUGUGGAGCUCAGACCAGCAGAAAACCCAGAAUGGAGUCGCUGUAACUCCAGUGCUAUUAUUAUGACCUCCUACACUAUUAUGGGUCUAAAGUCUAUGGCCAUGUACUGGGUAAGAGUUGUAGCCACCAAUGAGGGUGGAGAUGGUGAGCCUCAAGAGUUGGACAACUACAUCAUUGCAAUGCCUCCCCCAGUGAGACCUCAAUUCACUGACAAAAAAAUAAAGAACUUCAUGGUAAUGAGGGCUGGAAACUCCGCUCGAAUCAACUUUAACUUUCAGGCCUCUCCAAUACCAGCAAUUACAUGGCUGAAGGAUGGCCUCCCUGUAGCCAAGCGUGUGACAAUUAGCAACUCAGACACAUCAUCGCAGUUAAUGAUCCCCUCAUCGGAGCGCCAGGACACUGGGAUCUACACCAUCAUUGUCAAGAACAUUGUUGGUCAAGAGACCUCCAGUGUUGAGAUAAGAGUCACAGAUGAUCCCAAGCCUCCAGGCCCUGUGGAGCUGGAUGAGAAUGUGGCGGGAACUGUGACGGUCUCCUGGGCUCCUUCUCCAGAUGAGAAGAAAGAUGACAGGCUGCAUUACAUGAUCACCAAGCGCGAUUCUGUUAAGCGUACUUGGCAAACUGUGGCAGACCAUCUCUUCAAUAACAAGUUCACUGCUAUCAACAUCAUGCCGGGAAGGCAGUAUCAGUUCCGGGUCUAUACCAAGAAUGACAUGGGGCUUUCCAAACCCUCUGAGUCAGCAAUCUGGGAAGUGAAGAGAAAGAAAGAAACAUUUUCUUUGAACCUUCCUGUCUCCAAGGACUGCAACUUUGAGACGCCUCCGUCAUUCUCUGUUCCACUAAAAAUGCGCAACAGUCCAGAGAGCUACGAGUGUUACAUGAGCUGUGCAGUGACCGGGAACCCCAGACCCCAUGUUACCUGGUACAAAAAUAACAUCAGCCUCAACACCAACACUAACUACUACAUCACCAAUACAUGUGGGGUCUGCUCCAUGGUGAUACUCAAAGUUGGGCCCAAGGACAGUGGAGAUUACAUGGUUGUAGCUGAAAACCCUCUGGGUAGAGUGGAGUGUUCAACUAAACUUGUUGUUAAAGAUUAGGAUGAAGCUGUGGUCCUGAACCCC